UCGAGAAGCGCCAUGGAGUGCAGAGCCGUUCCCAUUCUUCCCACAUACUCGCAAGCCUGUGGCACCUACCUGCCUCGAAAGCCCUCCCUCUGCCGGACUCUCUUCGAUUAUGGACCUUUGAAUGAUCCUGUGAUUAUCCUUAUAACUCUUGCCGUAGUCGUGGGAUCCUUUUGCCUGCUCAGCGGCUUUAUACUACUCUGUGUAGUCUCUAAGGCCUGGCAGGACGAAACCUCUGAGGCUAUUCUUUUGAUAGCGAUUGGCUUUUUUAUUACUGCUCUGUCAUGUGUUUCCUGGAAAUUGACGAGGGCCCAGCGAAUCAGUCAAUUAGUGGAGGCCAUUAGCGUGGAGACACAGACGAUCUGA